AUAGGGUGGGAGAGGAAAAGGAAAGGGAAGGAAAGGAGAGGAGAGGAAAGGAAAGGAGAGGAAAGGGAGAGGAAAGGAAUGGAAAGGAAAGGAAAAGGAAAGGAAAGGAAAGGAGUGGAGAGGAGAGGAGAGGAGAGGAGAGGAAUGGAAAGGAAAGGAAAGGAAAGGAAAGGAAAUGAAAGGAAAGGAAAAGGAAAGGGAAAAAAAAAGGGAAAGGAAAAGAACGGAAAGGAAAGGGAAAGGAAGGGAAAUGAAAAGAAAGGGAAAGGGAAAGGAAGGGAAAGGAAAGGAAAGAAAGAAAGGGAGAGGAAGGGGAAUGAGAAAUAGAAAAAAGGAGAGAAAGGAAGGAAAAGACAGAAAGAAAGAAAG